CGGAAUUCAACUUUCUUCUAGAUUUUGAUACCUAAGCCAUUGAUACUGCAAGAUCGUGUUCCGAAUCUCGAUAUUCCCUUCAAUCAUGAGUCGAACUCUUUCACGGCGAGUUUUGACUCAAUCACCUCUCUCCUCCAUUGCCGAAUUUGCGAAUAUUCACACAUUACCCCUCCGAUGUUCGCGACCCUUUUCAAGCACACCAAAUCAGAGAGCCGAAGGCGACGAUCCUCUUUCCAACUAUGUUCCUCAUAAUUCCUCAACAUUGAGGUACGGCGGUGCCUCGGGCGCUAUAGCUAGAGCCAGCGCCGCAAGAUCAGCUUCGCUCAAUCCAAAAGCUGCUAGAUCCUCGGCCGCGGGUGGAGGCAUAGCAAAUAUAUUCCAAGGUAUGAUGGACUUAAGCAAGGAGAAGAAGGGAUCGUUAUUCAAUACGACAGUGCCUAAGGAUGGCACAUUGAUUGGGGAACGAGUUGUAGAGGACGAACCGCAUCAUUUUCACGUCUACGCCACGAGACAUAAUACCCAUAUUACACUCACAAGACCAAAUCGAGAACCGAUCAUCUCUGUAUCUUGUGGAAACAUUGGGUUCAGACAUUCGGGAAGGAAACAUUAUGAUUCGGCUUUUCAGUUGGCUGCAUUUGUGAUGUCGAGGAUUCACGAGAGAGCUAUUGGUCGAGAUAUUCAGAAAUUGGAACUGGUUCUGAGGGGAUUUGGUGCGGGAAGAGAAGCUGUUACUAAGGCUCUUUUGGGUACGGAAGGUAGAUGGUUGAGAGGGAAGGUUGUCAAGGUCACCGAUGCUACCAGAUUGAAGUUUGGUGGUACAAGAAGUAAGAAGCCAAGAAGAUUGGGUUAAAUGGGGAAUUAUGGUGGUAAAGUGAACGCUGUGCAUUUCUGCAAACGAUAGAUGAAUCUGUACAAUAGAAGAAUCGUAGCAUCAUAAAUGGUAUCAUAAAAUGAACGCUUGACGCCGGUCCCUUCCUUCC